UCAAAAAAUUCAAAUGGCGAGGAAAUCCUCAUCGUUAAUUUAUAUUGUUUGUUCCCUUUUAUUAUUUCAACUAUGUGAAACUAAAAGUAUUCCUCCAAAUGAUUAUAGUGGCGGCAACAAUGAUUAUGCUCAAGUUAAUGGUCAAAGAAAAGGACCUAUGCCUUUUGGAAAUGGUUAUAACCCGAAUGAAGGGAAGUUUGGACAGCAAAAUUUAUCACAAAAUCAACAGCAACAAAAAAUGAAAGGGGAAUCGGAAGGUUCAGGAUCUGAUGAAGAGUCAUUUGAAGGUGAUCAAAAUUUUCCUCAAGGUCAGAGGAUGCCUGAGGGCCAAAAAUUUGGAAACUUUAGAAAUGAAAUUGGGGAGAAAAAUUCUGAAAACAAUGAAAAAUAUGGUAGAAAUCAGGAAAAUGACUUUGAACAGACUGGUUCUUUUGGAAGGCAAGGAAUGAAUGAUACAUUUAAUAGACCGACAAUGGGAGGACCAAUGAAAAAUGGUUUUGGAGUAAAUCCUCAAAAUAAUGGACUGAAUGAGGAUAAUGGUUAUCCUAGAGGAUUUGAGGGGAAUGGAAUUAAAACUAAUUUUGAUAGGCAAGGAAAUCAAGGAAAUGGACAAUUUGAAGGAAAUCCCGGUCAAGAAAUGAACCCUUUUGGAAGAAGACAAAAUCCUCCUUACGGGGUGUCUGGGAAGCAAAAUAUGCAAGGGAACACUCAAUUCCAAGAAUUCCCCGGAAAUAAAAAUAUGAAUUUUGAUGGAAACCCUGAAAGUAAAAAUGGGGGAAAUGAGGUCGUAAUGCCUAAUGGUAGUGAAGAGAAUAGGCAACUUGAUGAGCAAGAAAAACAAUUUCUCGUUCAAAUAUAUCCUUUUCUUAAAAAUGUAACGGUUGAAAGUAUUCUCUCAUUUCGGGCACCUCUACGUGAUAUAGACUUAUCAAAGGCAGAUUUGGAGAAGAAAAGAGAGGAAUGGCUGCAGAAGGAAAGUGAAGAAGUAAAGAAGGCCUACACAGAUUGGAAGCAACGUUUAAAUGAUAAAAAACAAAUUGCGAACGAAAAAAAUGCGAAAAAUGUUGAGACUUCCUCAGCUGAUACUCAAGAGUUAUAUAAAACCAUUAUGGCAACAAUUGCUGACCAAACUGUGAGCCGUCACCAAGAAUGUGUAAAUAUUCGUGAUGCUGUGAAGGCAGCAAGUACUGAAACUCGCAAUGAAUUCCGUCAGAAAGUUAAACUUCGAGUUAUCAAUUUUUGCUUGGAAGAGGAAGAAAAGGCUUUAAGCCCUGCAAAUCCCCCAAUGCCUGGACAAAAUACUGAAAAUUCUUUAGCCCCUUCUACCAAUAUUGGUAAAAAUGAAUUGACUAAAGAAAAUGAGGACAGUUUAAAUAAAGAUGAGGAAUUGAAGGAAGAUGAUGAGUAUGAUGAAGAUAAAGACGAUAAAAUAAAGAAUGGAAAGGGAAAGGAUGAUAAAGGUUCUAAUUCUGCUGAAGAAAACAAGAAUAAAUUAAAGGAUGUUAAAGAAAAUGGUGCUGAUUCUUCGGAAUCUGGCGAAGAAAAUGAAGAUAAAAUGAAGAAUGACGGAGAGAAGGAAGAAAAGAAUCCUUCAAAAGAUGAUGAGGUUAAAGAUGCAAAGAAUUUAGAAAAGAAGCAAGAUAUUGGGAAGGAAACGAAUGGGGAAGAUGAAAAUGAAGAAAAGAAAAUGGAUGAGGAUGAGAAAGAUGAAGAGGAAGGGAAAGAUGUGAAUAAGGAAAAUAAGGAAGAGAAUGGUCCACCUCCUCAAAAUGAUGAGGAUAAUGACGAGGCCGGAAACGAUGAAGAUGAAGCGCCGGAAGUUAAUGGGAAAGAUUAA